GAAGGAGAAAUUGCUGUGGAACGUCAAGAAGGAGGUGAAACAAAUCAUGGAAGAAGCUGUCACCAGGAAGUUUGUCCAUGAAGACAGCAGCCACGUCAUUGCGCUGUGUGGGGUGGUGGAGGCAUGCCUUCUGCACAUGCUCAAGCGACGGACAGCCGGCUUCCUGCGGACUGACAAGAUUGCUGCCCUCUUCACCAAGGUGGGCAAGACUUACGAUGUGGCCAACGACAUCUGUAGAAAAGCCCAGGAGUUGCUGCAGCAGGUGGAAGACAGGUCAUCUGUUAGAAAAUAUGAGACUGUGGGCAGGAGUUUCAGCUAUUCAAGAGCGCUUCCACCUCUGUUCAGCAGGAAAUGCCAGCCAGCAGGGCAGGAAGCCCUGAAGAGGCAAAGCUCGGCCACAAGCAAAGCCCCCAUCUUGACCGCGCAAGCCGUCAGGCACAUCUGGGUGCGCACUGCGCUGAUCGAGAGGGUGCUGGACAAAAUUGUGCAGUAUGUCGUGGACAACUGCAGCAAAUAUUAUGAGAAAGAAGCUUUACUGGCGGAUCCGGUCUGUGGGCCCAUUUUGGCAUGUCUCCUCGUUGGACCGUGUGCCCUUGAGUACACCAAACUGAAGACGGCAGACCACUUCUGGACCGACCCCUCAGCCAAUGAGCUGGUCCAAAGGCACCGGAUUCAUGGCGCCCACGUGCGGCACGACUCCCCGUCCAAGCGGCCAGCGCUAGGAAUAAGGAAACGGCACUCAAGUGGGAGCAUGUCGGAAGACCGCUUCGCAGCUUCGGCCAGAGAUUACGUGGAGUCACUGCACCAGAACUCAAAGACACAUUUGCUCUAUGGGAAGAACAACGUCCUGGUUCAGCCGAAAGAUGACAUGGAGGCCAUUCCGGGCUAUCUGUCCCUGCACCAGUCUGCCGAUUCGUUGACUCUUAAAUGGACACCCAACCAGCUCAUGAACGGGACGCUGGGGGACUCGGAGCUUGAGAAAAGCAUCUUCUGGGACUAUGCCUUGAUUGUGCCGUUCAGCCAGAUCGUCUGCAUUCACUGCCACCAACAGCCAGAGCAAGGGGGGACCCUCGUGCUGGUGAGCCAAGAUGGCACCCAACGCCCCCCGCUUCAUUUCCCCCCCGGGGGCCACCUCCUGACCUUCCUCUCUUGCCUUGAAAAUGGCCUCCUGCCCCGUGGCCAGCUGGAGCCGCCGUUGUGGUCCCAGCAGGGAAAGGGCAAAGUGUUCCCCAAACUUCGGAAACGGAACAGCCACAACCGGUCUGUGGAAGUGGAUGAAAUCCCGGUGGCUGUGGAGAUGGCUGCAGAUUAUGUCUUCCGGAUUAUUUACCCAGGACAUAAGCAUGAGAACAUAACUAUUAACUACCACCACUUAGAUGCCAGUCGGUCUGCCUCUGUCGACGAUGACGAAGAGGAGGAAGACAAGCUGCAUGCAAUGCUGUCCAUGAUCUGCAAUCGGAACCUCACAGAUCCUAAAAGGAUGAAAGACGUCGGCGACAUGGCUGAGACGCAGGGCUUUGGGGCCGGCUUGCUGUCGUGGCACUUGGAUCCCUGCAGCCAGGGCUCGUCCUGUCUCUCGUGCUCCACGGGAAGCUCCCCUUACGACCUCCCCAGCUGCUGCAGCUGCAUUCAUGACAGGAUCCCUCUGAAAAUGUUGUGUGAAAAUAUGAAGAGGCAGAUCGUUUCCCGGGCUUUCUAUGGAUGGCUUGCCUAUUGCCGGCAUCUGUCCACCGUCCGGACGCACCUGUCAGCCCUGGUCAAUCACACCAUCAUCCCGCCCGACAAACCCACGAGUGCCGCAGGAGGCCUGACGAAGGAGGUCUGGAGCAAAUACCAGAAGGACAAGAAGAAUUACAAGGAGUUGGAGCUGCUCCGUCAGGUUUACUAUGGCGGGGUGCAGCACGAAAUCCGGAAGGAGGUCUGGCCGUUUUUGCUGGGCCACUACAAGUUCGGCAUGAGCAAGAAGGAGAUGGACAGGGUGGAUGAGAAAAUCACACUCCAGUAUCAGAAAGUCAUGGCGGAGUGGAAGGCCUGUGAGAUGAUAGUGAAGCUCCGUGAGAAAGAGAAUCAAACGGCCACCAAGUUUUCCUCCGGCAGCAGCAUCGACAGCCACGUCCAGCGACUGAUCCACCGGGAUUCCACCAUCAGCAAUGACGUGUUUAUAUCCGUAGAUGAAAUGGACCCCCUGGACCAGGACCAGAAGAUGCAGGAAGACUCGCCGUUGACCGGGGUUUGCAUCGACGCUCCCACGGUGGUGGUGGCGGCGGAGCAGCAGCAAUCAGUGGAGUUCGACUCCCCUGAUUCAGGGUUCCCUUCCUCCCGGAAUUACUCCGUCACGUCGGGGAUCCUUUCCAGCAUCGAUGAUGGUCAGAGUGUCUGCUUCGAGGAUGGGGCGGAGGAGGAAGCUGGCGCCGAUCCGGGGCACACCCCACAAGCCAAGGGCUUGGAAUCGUUGGGCUCAGGACCUGUGGAACUGCCAUGUUCUCAGAUGGACUGUAAAGCAUCCACGGAGGAAAGUCUUUCCGUGUGUUCCGCAGCUUAUACGAUAGAAAUGUUGGAUACCGUUGCCUUAAACCUACAUAGAAUUGAUAAAGACGUACAGAGGUGUGAUCGGAAUUACUGGUAUUUCACCACAGAGAACCUGGAAAAAUUACGGAAUGUCAUGUGCAGUUACGUUUGGGAACAUCUGGAUGUUGGCUACAUCCAAGGCAUGUGCGAUCUCCUGGCUCCACUUAUGGUUGUUCUCGACACAGAUGAGUUGGCCUACAGCUGUUUCACCCAGCUAAUGAAGAGAAUGAGUCAGAAUUUCCCCAAUGGAGGGGCCAUGGACAUCCAUUUUGCAAACAUGAGGUCCCUUAUCCAGAUUCUGGAUUCUGAGCUCUUUGAACUGAUGCACCAAAACGGCGAUUACACCCAUUUCUAUUUCUGCUACCGCUGGUUUCUUCUCGAUUUUAAGAGAGAAUUGUUGUACGAGGAUGUAUUUACGGUGUGGGAAGUAACUUGGGCAGCAAAGCACGUCUCCUCAGAACAUUUUGUCCUUUUCAUUGCCUUAGCACUAGUGGAGACCUACCGAGAGAUUAUCCGCGAUAACAACAUGGACUUCACUGAUAUCAUCAAGUUUUUUAACGAGAUGGCUGAACAUCACAACGCUCAGGAGAUUUUGAAGAUCGCAAGGGAUCUGGUCUGCAAGGUUCAAACGCUGAUUGAGAACAAGUGAGCGUGCAGCGGCGAGGGACGGAUGCGCACGGGUGCCGCUGCCGACACCUUUCUCGAGCC